AAGCAAAAUAAGUACUGAAAUUGAUUUAAAAAAAGUACUGAAAAAAAUAAUAAACGACGUCGUUGGAAACCCGCAAAUAAAAGUCUCAGGUCUCCGUGGACCUUAACGUCUUGUACAAGUCCUACAUACUCCAGUCUUUGCUCUCGUACAACGUUAGCGUUGGAUCCAUCACCCUUUUGAACUGAGCCUCGGCUAUGGCUUCUCUUCUUCUUCUUCUUCUUCUUGCUGUAUCUCUGCUGCUAUUACCUCUCGCCCAUUCUUUCUAUCUCCCUGGCGUUGUACCUAGCGAUUUCCAAACGGGGGAUCCUCUCCAUGUCAAGGUUAACAAGCUCUCCUCCACCAAGACACAGCUUCCAUAUCAUUACUAUUUCCUCAAUUACUGUAAGCCUCCUAAAAUCAUCAACAGCGCUGAAAAUCUCGGAGAAGUUCUUCGAGGCGACCGUAUUGAGAAUUCUGUCUACUCUUUUAAAAUGAGAAUAGAACAAUUCUGCCAAGUGGCCUGCCGGGUAACGCUAGAUGCCGAAUCUGCUAGGAGUUUCAAGGAGAAGAUUGAUGAUCAGUAUCGAGUCAAUAUGAUUCUGGACAAUCUUCCCGUUGCAGUUCUUAGUCAAUCACAAUUCUACGAGCAUGGGUUUCAAGUUGGUUUCAAAGGCAGAGAGGAUGAAUAUUUUAUCAAUAACCAUCUGAGCUUCAAAGUCAAGUAUCAUGAGGAUCCUGUCACUGAUUCUGCUCGCAUUGUUGGUUUUGAAGUCAUUCCAAUUAGUAUCAAUCAUAAAUACGAAAAUUGGGAUGGGAACAACACUCAGUUGACAACAUGCAAUUCCAAAACUCAGAAUAAUGCAGCUCAAGAACGGAUCUCUGCUGGUGAAGAGAUUGUCUUCACAUAUGAUGUCUCUUUUGAGUCCAGUCAAAUCAAGUGGGCUUCGCGCUGGGACACAUACCUCCUUAUGAAUGACAAUCAGAUACAUUGGUUCUCCAUUAUUAACUCUUUAAUUAUUGUUCUCUUCCUUUCCGGCAUGGUUGCCAUGAUUAUGAUGAGAACACUCUACAAGGACAUUGCAAGCUACAAUCAGCUAGAUACCCAAGAUGAGGCCUUUGAAGAAACGGGCUGGAAAUUAGUUCAUGGUGAUGUUUUCCGUCCGCCUUCUAAUUACAGUUUAUUGUGUGUAUAUGCUGGAACAGGCAUCCAAGUUUUGGGGAUGACUCUUGCCACAAUGAUUUUUGCAUUGUUGGGUUUCCUUUCACCUGCCAACCGUGGUGGCCUGAUGACAGCCAUGGUCCUUUUAUGGGUUUUCACGGGCUUAUUUGCAGGAUACUCAUCAGCUCGUUUGUAUAAAAUGUUCAAAGGCACACAGUGGAAGAGGGUCACCUUGAGAACAGCCUUCACAUUCCCUGCUAUACUUUUUACCAUUUUCUUCGUGCUGAAUGCAUUAAUUUGGUGUGAGAAAUCUUCUGGAGCAGUUCCUUUUGGAACAAUGUUUACUCUGAUGUUCUUAUGGUUUGGAAUAUCAGUGCCAUUGGUUUUCAUUGGCAGUUAUUUGGGUUUCAGAAAGCCAGCAAUUGAAGAUCCCAUUAAAACUAACAAAAUCCCAAGGCAGAUUCCUUUGCGGGCAUGGUAUACAAAACCAAUAUUCUGCAUUCUUAUUGGAGGCAUACUUCCAUUUGGAGCAGUGUUCAUUGAGCUGUUCUUCAUGUUGACAUCUAUAUGGCUAAACCAGUUCUAUUACAUGUUUGGUUUCCUCUUCAUCGUCUUUGUCAUUCUAAUAAUCACUUGUGCUGAGAUAACAAUCGUGCUCUGCUACUUUCAGCUGUGCAGUGAAGAUUAUAACUGGUGGUGGAGAUCCUACUUGACUGCAGGCUCUUCUGCUCUCUACCUUUUCUUAUACUCGGGCUUCUAUUUCUUCACCAAGUUGGAAAUUACAAAGCUGGUUUCUGGCAUUCUUUACUUUGGAUACAUGUUAAUUGGAUCAUACACCUUCUUUGUGUUAACUGGGUCUACUGGUUUCUAUGGAUGCUUGUGGUUUGUGAGGAAGAUCUACUCCUCUGUGAAGAUUGACUAGCCUAUGGCCAUGAGCCGCAGAUAUGGAACAAGCCUCAUCUAACAAACUUGGAAAACUGAUACUAGAACUAGUUGUAGACUAGAAAUGCUGUAUAAUUACGAAAAAGAAAUUACGGGUUUCUUUGCUGGUCAAGAAUAAAGAUUGUAUUAACCAUGGGUGAUCAGAUAAUGUGAAGUGGGUGCCAACUUGAACAUUUUAGAUGCGACUCAGAAGCUUCACUUCUCAUCAGGACUCUGGUCUCCCAUCAAAUUGGUCGCUGCCACACCCAAGUUCGUAACGGUUAUUUUCCUUAAAAAAGCAAGCCUAUUUUUAUAGAAGUGGACAUUGAGAAUAUUUUCUAUCUAAACCCAUUGGGCUGCCUAGAAUCCAUGACAUUGUCCAAAGUCCAUAUUACGCUACGCCCUUUCGCCUUGUCUACCACUAUCCACCAUAUUUCAUUUGAAGGUUCUUAGCCCAUAUUUGUAAGGUCCAUAAAAUUUGUCUUUAUUUAGUAGGUCCAUAAAUCAUUUUC